AUGGCGUUAGUUCCACACAGCACGAAAACAGCACUGCAGAAACAGUUUGAAGUUCUUGCGGAAUUGCUAUCCCCAGUUGACAAUAAUCUCUCCAAGACUCUCAAGGAUCUAGGGCGCCUAUUCGAAGGUGAUGCUGGAGCAACCAUCCAGUACUUGAACAAAGCCCUCAAAGAUGUACCUCGUACGGAGAACAAACCAACUCAGAACAGUUCCACCGUCGCUACGCCCAACGAUGGAGUUCGGGAAUACUUUGAACAUUAUGACGGUCUCCAAGAAGACGAAAUACCACAAUUGAUAGAACUGUUGAAAACAUUUGAGAGGAAUGAGGAUAAAGUCAAGGACAUCACGCAGGCCUAUGACAAAUACAAAGAAAAUCCGAACAAGUUCUGGACUGCAUUCUCCAACUUGCAUGCCGGUAAUAGCAUCCAACAGGCGGUCAGCGCGAUCGAUCAUCAUUCUUCUUCGUCACCGUUGGCUCGUCGACUCCUGUGCAGACGCCUGGCGGCAGAGACCAAGUCAAAAUCUCAAGAACUUGAAACCCAAGGACAUACAUUAAAACGUGGUAUGUCAUAUCGUGAUUUGGCAUUUCGAUUGAGUGUUGGCAAGGACUGGAAGAAACACAACUGGAUGCUGCGAGAGGGAGAACGAUGGUCGUGUCUGGAUCCUGGUGUGCUAGCUGCGAUCAAGCAUCCAAACUGGAAAAGGUGA